AUGAAUAUCCCUAUGUUCCUCCAUAUUUUAAUGGCAAAGAAAAUUGAACAGAGUACAUCAAGCAAAGGUAGAAGCAAGAAUUUGGACAAAUAUUUCACCAACGAAGCACAUGAAAUGGUAUAUGCAUACAGUAGGGUGGUGAAGAAUUAUAAAAGAAAGACGGUCAGAAGUUGGAAUGAAGAAAGUAUGAAAAAUGCUUUAAAUAUGAUCAUUAGUGGGCAAAUGGGGUAUAAAGUAGCAUCAAAAACAUUUUCUGUGCCACAAACUACCCUGGAAAGAAAUGUAAAAGCGGCUCGUGAAGCCCUAAAACAUCCUGCUUCACCUGCACCAAUUAAAGUACCUUUAGGCCCAAAAAGUCGAACAGUUUCGGAAGAAGAAGAGACCGAACUUUGGAAUUAUAUUUUGGAUAUGGAAAGUCGUCUUUACAGACUUACAACAAAACAUUUAAGGGUGUUGGCAUACUCUUUGGCAGUGGCUAGUCUAGAGGGUAGCGCUAGUCAGAUCAUUCAAUCUCUUGAAAUUUCUGCAGGAACGUAUAAGGUUGCAUGGGAUUUGUUAUGCAAACGAUAUGAUAAUAAAAAAGCAUUGAUAUACAAUCAUUUAGAUGCAUUGUUUGGUUUAGAAAAAAUUAUUGAAGUCUCAUCUUUUAAAUUAAGAAAUCUCUCAGAUACAGUCUCCAAACACUUGAGGGCUCUUAACAGUCUUAAACUUCCCACAGAUCAGUGGGAUAUUCUAAUUUUACAUUUAAUGGCCAAAAAUGGAUCUGUUAGUAAAUGGAAGGAAUACAAGUCUAAAAAAGAUUUGCCUUCUCUUGAGGAUAUGUAUAAAUUUUUAAGAAGUAGAUCAGACUUGCUAGAGCGAUUAGAGUUGAACAAACUUGAACAGGGAUCAAAGUCAGGGAAAACCAGGGGCUUACUUUCUGCCGAUUCAGAAAAUAAUUCACAUGAAAACAAAACAUCUUUUCAAGGUUUCAAGUGUGCCAUAUGCAGUGGCGAUCUCAGAGUGUUUAUGUGCGACAAAUUCAAGGCAAUGUCUGUGCUAAAUCGCAUGGAACAAGCCAAAAGACUAAAGUUAUGCUUAAACUGUCUUCGAAGUGGCCACAAAACCAACCAAUGCAGAUUGUAUGCUUCAUGUAAAACAUGUAAGGGUAAACACAAUACUCUUUUACACAUAGAAAACAAAAAUCAAGCAAAUCAAAAUAUAAAUCAAGAAAAUGUUUCCCUAACUACAAGUUCGGAACAUUUUCAAAUUCUGUUAUCCACUGUAGUAGUAGAUGUUUUAAACAGUUAUGGUGCUUACGUACCUGUUCGAGCUAUUCUAGAUUCAGGAUCAAUGUCUUCCUUUAUAACUGAGUCUCUUCACUCAAAACUAAAUAUUCCAAAGCAAACAAUAAAUUUCGCUGUUUCUAGUUUGAACAGUGCCGUCUCUAAUGUGAAAUAUAAAUGUUGUUUAAAAUUUAAAUCUCAACAUAAAAAUUUUAUGACGGAUUUGUCUUGUUUUAUUUUGCCAGAAAUAACUGGAAACUUGCCUACAUUUUACAUUGAUAAGCAAAAGCUAUUGAUACCUAAAUAUAUCAAUUUGGCUGAUAAAAACUUCCAUAAGCCCGGACCAAUCGAGAUGCUGAUAGGUGCUGAUAUUUUUUGGAAUGUUUUAUGUCCAAACCAAUUGAAGUUAAAUACAAAUGGUCCUGUUUUACAGGAAACUCAGCUUGGGUGGUUGGUUUCAGGUAAAAUACAAGGCUUUCAAAUUUCUAAUAAUAUAGUUUGUAAUUUGGUUAAAUAUGAAGGUGAUUUAUAUAUCCAAGACCAGUUAUCAAAAUUCUUUGAAAUAGAAAGUGUUAAAACUGCCAGUCCUUGGUCCAAAGAGGAAAUGGACUGUCAAACUCAUUUUAAAGACACAACAACAAGAACUCAAGAAGGUCGUUUUGUUGUAUCGAUUCCAUUGAAAGCAAGUCCAAAAAUAUUAGGUGAAUCUUUAGGUCUAACCAAAAGAAGAUUCAAAUCGCUUGAGCAAAAAUUCUCAAAAGAAUACCAAUUCUCAAGAGUGUACAAGAAUUUUAUCCUCGAAUAUGAAAAGCUCAAUCAUAUGCAAAACAUAGGAGAGGUAUCUGAAGUAAAUCAUGAGGAUGCCUAUUAUUUACCGCACCAUGGAAUUCUACGUAUGCAUAGCGCAACAACGAAAUUAAGGACAGUUUUUGACGCCUCGGCGCGAUCUACAAGUGGAGUUUCUUUUAAUGAACUUCAGCUAAAAGGACCGGUAAUUCAAGAUGAUUUAGUGUCAAUAUUAUUACGCUUUAGACAAUAUAAAUAUGUUGUUACCGCGGACAUUGAAAAAAUGUACCGUCAGGUCUUGGUGUCAAAAGAUCAGCAUAAAAUGCAAAGAAUUCUAUGGCAAGAUAACGAAAAUAAAGCACUAAGUGUCUGUGAACUUUCCACGGUAACUUAUGGUACUACAAGUGCACCAUUUUUAGCUAUUAGGUGUUUAGUAGAAUUAGGUAAACUUUGUGAAAGAGAAUUCCCGAUUAUUUCAAAUAUUAUUCUUCACGACUUCUAUGUCGAUGACCUUUUGACAGGUUUCGAUGACAUGCACAUUGCAAAAGAAAGUUGUCUUAAAUUAUGUGAAGUUCUUGGAUCAGUCUGCUUUCCACUUCGAAAGUGGCGAUCAAACUUUCCGGACAUAAUGCAUGAUCUAAAAGAAGGUAAACUUGCUGAUUCUUCGGAAGGUCUAGUCAUUGGCGAAGAUGAUGUUGCAAAAACCCUAGGUAUAUCGUGGAUGAGUAAAACGGAUAAAUUAAUAUUUCAUAUUGAUGUUGAAAUGAAGGGUGAAUGUUUAACAAAAAGAGUUAUGCUUUCAGGCAUAUCCAGAAUAUUCGAUCCAAUGCGUCUACUUGGCCUUUGCAUUAUAAUUGCCAAAGUAAUGUUACAACAACUUCGGAAGGAAAACCUAUCUUGGGACAGUCCAGUUUCCCAUGAAUUACAAGUUAAAUGGAACAAUUUUAUACAAGAACUUCCGUCAUUAAAUUAUUUAAAAAUUCAGCGACAUGUUAUUUGUGAUAAUUCCACACAAAUAGAAUUACAUGCCUUUUCAGACGCUUCUGAGGUAGCAUAUGGGGUAGCUGUCUAUGGAUAUGAUGACAAGAACAGUAAUAAAGAAGAAACCAGAAACAUAGAACCGGUCAAAAUCGUCACGCAAAUUAGUAUAUGCAGAAGAUAUAGUAUUAGUAGCAAAUUCAAUUCCGAAAAUACAACAAAUAAUAGACACACCAAUAAAUUCAAUAGAGAGAAUGAAUAG